CGGACACGCCGUCGUGCUUUUUGUUAUUGAGUCGGAUUUGUGAUGCAUUCUCACUAGGGUGCAUUCACUGAAAUCAGUCGCAUGUAUCAAUUUAAAUAGUCGACUUCUAAUGAGGCACUUGUAAGCCGCCAUGCCCGUUGCCAGGAGUUGGGUCUGUCGCAAGACAUACGUCACCCCCCGCCGUCCCUUCGAGAAGUCCCGUCUCGACCAGGAGUUGAAACUCAUUGGUGAGUAUGGAUUGAGGAACAAGCGAGAGGUGUGGAGGGUCAAGUUCACCCUGGCCAAGAUUCGUAAGGCUGCCAGAGAGCUGCUCACUCUGGAUGAGAAGGAACCAAAGCGCCUGUUCGAAGGAAAUGCCUUGCUCAGGCGUCUGGUGCGUAUCGGCGUGUUGGACGAGGCGAAGAUGAAGCUGGAUUACAUCCUGGGUCUUAAGGUUGAGGACUUCUUGGAGAGGAGGCUACAGACUCAGGUUUUCAAGCUCGGACUGGCCAAGAGCAUCCACCACGCCCGCGUGCUUAUCCGCCAGAGGCACAUCCGUGUGCGCAAGCAGGUGGUGAACAUUCCCUCCUUUGUGGUCCGCCUGGACAGCCAGAAGCACAUCGACUUCUCCCUCAGGUCCCCGUACGGCGGUGGACGUCCGGGCCGCGUCAAGAGAAAGAACUCCAAGAAGGGCCAGGGUGGAGCUGGUGGAGCUGAUGACGAGGAGGAGGAUUAAGAAGGAUGUCAGUCAGGAUGCAUGUUCUUGAUACUUCCUGUCAAGUUUUCAAUAAAUACUUUGGUGUGACCAAAAAACA